AUGGCACUCGAAGAUAUUACGACGAGCGUGGAUGAAAUGGAUCCCGAUGAUGAAGAACAACGAGCGAUCAUGUUAUCGAUUGCUGAAAGUACCAAAGCAGCACCUUUGGCUCUCGAACAUCAUCCAGCAACGUCCCAGUCAUCAUCCUCGUUUCACUAUGAAGACGAACAUGGAGUUGUACAUAUUGUGGAUAAUGAUGCGAUGGAUAUUUCCAAAGAAGAUUCAGAAUUAGCGAGAGCAAUUCAAAAAUCUCUUGACGAAACCAAAGGAAAUACCUCUGCAAGUGAGGAAUGUACACUCAGACCCAAUUGGACUCCUGAAGGAGAGCUUGAAACAUUUCCUUGUGGAAUUGGCUUGAAGAAUGUUGGAAAUACUUGUUAUGUGAAUGCAUUAUUACAAUCGUAUUUCAUGAUACCUUCUGUUUUAAAGAGUAUUAUCAAACCAAAAUCACAAUGCACCAAUGACAAGGAACAAGCCAUGUCAGAAGGACAAUUACUAGUGAAUAGCUUGUUUAAUGCUUCAAAAGAUGAAAAGCAAGUAGAAGAUGUUCAAAUGACAGAUAGCUCUCCUGUUGUUGAAGGUUCUUUAAAUAUGCCAAACCUUGAAGAAAAAAGUAAUCAUAAUGGUUUAGAUGAAGAGAGUAGUAAGGAAUUUUUGUUAGAGUUGCAAAAAUUAUUUGCAAACAUGUUACUCUCAAAUGCCACAUUCGUUGAUCCUACCUCCACAUUGCAGAAACUAAAAGGAAGUGAUAACAAGCCAUAUCAAAUUGGAGAAAUGCAAGAUUUACCCGAGUUCAACAAUCUCUUUUUAUCAAGAUUAGAACAAGGUAUGGAGGCCCUCUACAAGGAAUCCAACAAGAAUAGUUUUAGCAAAUUUAAAAAUCUAUUCUACGGAAAGAGUACCGUCUACGUUGAAGCAGAAGAGGAAGAUAAGACGAAAACUUGUAAGAAAACUAGAGAAACAUUUAAUCACUUGAUUUUACCAAUAACUCCUGAAACUCGAACAUUCAGAGAUUGCUUGGAACUGUGUAUGAAAGACGAUUCCAUCGAGUACACAACCGAUAGAAAUUUCAAAACACACGCUCGAAAAACGGUAUGGUUCGAUGGCAAGACAUCCAUUCCUCCAGUGCUAUUCCUUCAAACCUCAAGAGCUGUGUUUGGAAAGAACAAGCAGAUUAAAAAACUUCACACUUCCAUCACAAUGCCAGACGUAUUAGACCUAAGCCCUUACUUGGAAGUGAACAAGCCCAUCACAGAAAAGAUAAGGUCAGAACUUAAAUUGAUUAAGCAUGAUCUUGUCGAGAUUGAGAAAUCUCUUCUUUCUUACACAGACAAUUAUAAUAAUAGAAACUUUGGUCUCAUUCAAGCUUUGGAGUCAUCUGCAGACCGAUUAAUUGAGUUAAGGAGGGAAUAUGGUGAACAGGCAAAUACAGAAGACAUGACAGAACUCUCAAUUGCCAUUCGUGUCAUACAGAAAGAGCAAGAAAAGCUUACCAAAAAGGUUUCUGAACUGAAGAAGCAGCAAGUGGAAUUGACAUCCGCCGCAGAAAAUGCAUUCAAAGACUCGUAUUCUGAACAUGUCAACUAUACCCUGUACUCAAUCAUUAUGCAUUCUGGGAAAACAGCAAUUUCUGGACAUUAUUGGUGUUAUAUUAAGCAUUUAACUGCAGCGGGAGACGUCUGGUUCAAAUUUAAUGACACCAAAGUUACCACAUUAAGCAAAGAUCAAGUGAUGAAAGAAGCUUUUGGAGACGACAGCUCUAGCUCUGCAUAUUGCUUGAUUUACAUUGAUGAGGACAAGACUGGACAUUUUACUGACCGCCUGGAAGAAGAAUUGAUUAAUGAAAUACCAUCAUUCAUCAAAUCAGAAAUAACUCAAAAGAAUAUUGAGCUUCUUAAAAAGUGUAAUCCAACUGCUUUGAAAAGCAUGACUGGAGUAAUGGCACCACGAGAACAAAUCAAAACACUCAUGAUCAAUAAGAGUACGACUGCCUCCAGCCAAGCCCUUGAUUCGACCAUUGAGCACGAUUACAGAAUAGCCAAUAUUGCAACAUUUAUCAAGUACAUUAUUGAGCAAGUGAACGACGAAAAGAAGAAGAUUCAACUCAACAAUUUGUUCCACGGACAUUUAAUUAAUGAAGUGGUUAAAGAUAUUUAUUCAAAGCCACUUCAUCAAGAUCCUGAGGUCCUCACACUUGUUUCGGAUCUUAUGGCAGAUCAAGAUGUGAUCGCAACUGCAAUACAACUCUCUGAAAAUGAGGACAAGAUUGACCUUUUCAAAGAAAUCAAACAAAACUUUAAGAUUCUGAGAAAAGUGAGGAUGGCCACCAAUCGAGCAAUUUCCUUGUUCACGAAAAGUGUGUGGAGUGAAACCAUUAAUUAUCUCGUUUUUGCAAUCAUUGAAGCAAACAAAAUCAAAUACGAGUUCCUUAGAAAUCAAGUUGUGGGUGAUUGUGAAAUGCUUUUAGACAAGGCGAUUGCACUCUACUAUUGCGAUUUAGUCGUAUUCAUGCAAUACGAAGUUGAAGAGCCAAUACGAAACAUUAUCAAUUAUUGUGUCAAACCUGCCAUUGAUGUUGGUUCAACCACUGUUUGUAAAUACCUCUAUAAUAACUUGAUGCUUUUGAAAGAACAAUACAAUAAUUGCCUACUGGGACACGGCUAUAAGGUGGAUGAUUUGAAAACAAAAGUGAACGGUCGAUUUUACUUUAAGAGCAAUUACUCGGUCGACAACAAACUGAUUCAUAUCAAUACGGAUCAACAAGACGACCAAUACUUUGUAAAAGAAGUAGAAGAAAGCAAAGCGAACUUUCUCUCAGCUCAUUCUCUCCUUAAGAAUGCUACCAAUCUUUUAGAAGAAACGAAACAUGCCCCACUCAUGGAAUAG